AUGAGGCUGCUAUGGUACGCCGGGUCUUCAGCCGCGCUCGCAGUGGGCGUGGUCACGUAUGCCUUUAAUCAGCGGGCCAAUUUCUACUCGGCUAUGGUGUAUCUUUCCCAGAAUAACCUUAGUCUCAUGAUCCUCAUCAACCUCAUCCUCCUUGUCUACGGAACUUUUGUGUACGGCCUUCAACGAGUGUGCUAUGGCCAACUCCGACCCGUCGAAAUCGAGCAGUUGUACGAGAAGGCCUGGUUUGCCGUGACAGAAACAUGCCUGGCCAUGACCAUCUUCAGGGAAGAGGUUGGGGCUUGGUUUCUUGUCAUGUUCACGGCUCUGGUGACUGGCAAGGUCUGGGAAUGGAUCGGCGAGGGCAGGGUUGAGAUUCUCGAGCAACAGCCACCAGCAAAUCCCCGAUUGUUCCACACGCGCCUCAGCAUCUCGCUGCUCUUGAGCAUCAUCUACGACACAUGGCUGUUCUCUUACACGAUAAAUACCGUCAUUCAGCAGGCACGCCCUAAUAUGAUGGUCAUGUUCCUGUUUGAAUUUGCCAUCUUGAGCACCUGCUCGUUCCGAACCGGCCUUCGCUACAUUCUGUCCCUUGUCGAGAUGAACAUUGUCAGCAAGCAAACCCGCACAAGGCUCGAGGAACGUCGCAAAGAAGUGCGCGAACAACGUGCAGACAUUCUUCGCCGACGUGAAUCGGGCGAUGCUGCCGAGUCCGAGGCAGCCAAUCAAGAGGAGUUGCCCAAUGAAGAAGACAUUGACGAGAUGGACAUUGAAGUGCCUGGUUGGGAAACCAAGGGGCAGUGGGUAUUGAGCCUGGACCUCUUUGCAGACUUUGUCAAACUGGGCGUCUAUGUCGGAUUCUUCGUUGUUCUCAUGAUGUUCUACGGCCUGCCUAUCCACAUCAUGCGGGAUCUAUUCCUUACCACCCGCUCAUUCCUCAAGCGCCUGGGUGCCUUGGUGAAGUACCGCAAGGCCUUGGCAGACAUGAACAAAUAUCCCGAUGCCACUCAAGACGAGCUUGAACGUGAAGAUACUUGUAUUAUUUGCAGAGAAGAGAUGAGACCUUGGGAUGCAGCAAAUCCAGGAGCUGUCGAGCGAUCGCGCCCAAAGAAACUCCCUUGUGGCCAUAUUCUACACCUUGGGUGCUUGAAGGGAUGGCUGGAGCGACAGCAAGUAUGUCCUACCUGCCGACGAUCCGUUGUCGUCGAUGGAGCAGCCCCCAAUGGUGACGGCGCAGCUCGACCCAAUGCAGAUGGCCAGGCGCCGGCUCCUGGCGCGCCUGGUGCUGUUAAUGGUGCUGCCGAUGGCAAUCAAGGCGAACAAGGUCGUCAAGGCGGUAUGCGCAUGUUCCAAUUUGGACCAUUGCGCCUCGGCUUUGCGCAGGGCAAUCCGCAAAGAGUUCAAGAACUCUUGCAACAGCGUUUCAAUGUCGGUCUAGAUGGCGCCCCUGCACCUCUAGUUCCACCACAGCCUGGAGUGGCCCAGCAGCCCCAUCCAGCACCCCCCAGUAACAACACCGCGACUGAUAUUGGUGUCCAGCUCCAAGAGUUGCAGCAACGUCUGCAGCAAGAGCUGCUGGCUUUGCAACUUACUCAAGCUGAGCUGCAAACCACAUAUGCUCUCAUGGCCGAGCUUCAGCGCUUGCGCUUGUAUCAGCAACACCAACAAGUGGUUAACAACGCGUUGGGCUUGCCUGUACAAAGCACUCCUGCAAUCAAUGGCCAAGGUCUACAACCACCAAACCAUUUCCCAGCCAUCCCUCCCACCAUGGCUUCCUUUCCUCCCAUCCCCCAACGGGUUCAGACACCCACGCUCAGUCGACACAUUGCUUCUGCGAAUACUGCAGCCAUUCCUGCAGGCAGCCCAGACCUCCCGGAAGGCGUCGUGAUCCCGCAGGGGUGGACUCUGAUGCCGCUGCAGCGAAUGGAUGGCCAAGCACAUCCGUUUUCGCAUCCAAGCAGUUCGCACACUGAAACUGCUCAGCAUUCACAAGCCCAACAAGCCCCAUACCCCUUCAACCACGAAACAGCAACAACCUCUGCUGGUCCAGCACAAAGUACUUCACAAGCAAACCCGACGCCCGAGGAUGAAUCCACGACUUCUAGAGAUUCUGAAGCGCAAAGGGAGUCCCCACAAGUGGCCGCGCCUACACCGAGACUGCCCAAUUGGGGUGGCGCCGCUCAGCUUUUCUCCAAUGGAGGAGUGGGCACAACCUCGGCUCAUGCCGCAGAGUCUUCGGCCGAAGGCGCUGAGAAUCAUGAAGCGCAUGAGGAUCACGAAGAUACUGACAUCACCGACAAGGGCAAGGCAAAAGCAGUCACUGUAGAAGACACGGAAGAUUCAGACGAUUGA